UGACCAUUGAUCAUCAGACAGAUCAAUAUGUCCUCUGGAACAUAUUUUUGCAGAAGUUGCAGACUUCCUCUCGUUAUAGAUGAAUCCUUGGAGGAGCUUAGUCAUGCGCAACAGCAUCUACUUACGCUAAACUACGGAGAAAAACCACCGCCUUCCAUAGUACGAAAUGAUAGUAGUUUCAGCAUAAAACACACAGGAGGCGUCGCUGAAAACACAUCAAACUUAUACGAUGACUAUCCUAAGAUACCAGACUCACGAAUGAAUCUUUUUCAAGAAGCUUUGGAGUCAAGUCAAUAUAGGGUUGUAUCGAAAAGUGAAAGCUACAAUGAUGAUAAUGAUUUAAACGAUUCUAAGAGUAACGGAGGAGAGAAUAAAAACAGCGAGAGUUCUUUUGUUUACCUUCAUGAUAAGGCACAGACAGACGAUGAUAUAUAUGGUAACACUGGUGCUACAUCAUCUGUGAUAUCAAACUCCUCCAAUUCGCUAAAGCCAUUCAAAGUUGAAGAAAUCAAGGAUGUCGUAGACAAGAAAUCGGAUAUAAGUGAAAGGAUUGAAAGUUUGGAUACAAUCUUCAAUAUCAUAUCUUCUAAAUAUGAAAUUGAUUAUCCUGUUUGCAGCGACUGUGCUUCAACGUUGAUUGAACAGAUGAAAUCAAAAUACGAUACCCUUAAUAAAGAGAAGGAAAUGUACAUGCAAUUUUUGAGAAAACUCACAGCACAAAAUGGACCAAAUGUAGAAAAAACAAAAAAGGCACUGAAAGACUUGGAUGAAAUGAAAGAGAACGAGCGUAAGAUUUUGAAACAACUUUCUGAGGAGGAGCAACGGCAUUUGAACUUAAACAAAGAACUAAGAGAGCUAGAGGAGGAUCUAGAGAAACUAGAAGCCGAGGAGCACGAAUUAUGUCUGGAGAAAAACCAGAAGGAGAUGAGUAUUGAGAAAAAUAUAUCAGAAUUGAAUAUAGCAAAAAACAAAUACUACCAGAAUUUAGACUUCCUUGAUUCUUUGCGAAAAACCAACGUGUUUAAUAAUUUUUUCGACAUAUCUAACGAUGGAAAGUUUGGCACUAUCAACGGUUUACGGUUAGGCUGUCUUGACGACAUCAAGGUAACGUGGCAUGAAAUAAAUGCAGCAUUAGGACAGCUAGUGUUACUUCUAUCGACUUGCCUUAACAUUCUUGCUUUGGAUUUAAAAGAGUACAAGCUGAUUCCGAUGGGAUCAACCUCCAAAAUAGAAAAGUAUGGUACAGAUUCAUCAGGAGCGACAUCAAAAUCAGUGGUUCAGCUUUACUGUACGGGGGAGUUUUCCAUCGGUGGUUUUUUCUCACAUAACAAUCUCGACGUUGGAAUGGUGUGUCUGGUUGAGAUAUUGAACCAAAUCGGUGCUUACAUUAAGGAAUUAGACAAUACUUGUCAACUUCCGUAUCCCAUGGAUGGUGACAAGGUAGCUGGUUUCUGCAUUCGUCCAUCAGGGCGGAGUGGGUGGGAAAAUUGGACAAACGGGUGCCGGUUUCUUCUGAUCAACGUCAAAUGGAUCCGGACUUUUUGUGUUACAUACUACGAAGACCGCAUAUGUGGCGAGUGAUUUCCGCUUGUGUGGCUGGUGGCUUUUGCCAUUUCUUUUUUUUUUUUCUGUAGACGCACUACUAAUUACAUGUAUGAAUAGAAACAAUAGUAGCCAGGG